AUGGUCAACUUGGACGAUGUCCGGACUAUCGAGACCGACUCCUUUCUGGACCACAUCCUUAACUGGACGAAUGCUGACAACGACGUCUUCAACGUCUUCAACACACUCAAUGCAACAAAUUUGACCCAGUGGCUUUCCUUGCCGUUAGCGACGGAUCCGAACUUGCUGGAAGAGGAUAUGGACUUGCUCUACUCUGCGUUCGCGGAUACCGCGAACGCAAUUGUCGGGGACGCACUAGAUGAGUUCAAGAGACUCGAAGCGCAGAUUUGGGAGCUCGAGCGUCAACUGUUCUCUGGACCGGAGGGGACUGAGACUGAGGCUGAGAAUGAAAAAUCAAAGCUUCAGCAUAAGGAGUUGCGUCGUAAAUUCGAUUUACGGUGGCUGUGCACCCACGUUCCUGUCGAAAUCAAAGCGACGAACGGCAAGGAGGAGAUGCUAUCAGGGAUCGUUCAACUUUCCCGUUACAUGCAGACGAUGCUCGCCAAGCAACUCGACCGGCGCUUCGCUAUAGGACUUCUCCUGUGCGACUCGAAGCUCACGGUAUGGUUGUGCGACCGCUCUGGGUUGGUCGGAACGCGCACUGCAAUCGACAUACAUGACGAGCCUGAGAAGUUCAUCCAAGUCAUCAUAUCUCUGUCUCGUCUCAAUCCCUCAAGACUCGGUUAUGACACCACGAUGCGUAUCUAUCGCAUGGACACGGCCACGUAUCACCUCUCCACAGACAGCGACGUGAACGUCGCCGAUUACGGCGCGAGCCCGCACGAAACGACUUGGGCUAUCCAAGGCCCGCGAUCUGACGGGACCGAGGGCGAACUUGACGUGUACCUGACGGUCAAAGCGAUCUGUACCGCGCGAGUUUCGCAGGUGAUGGACGGGCCAGUGACGAUUGUGUGGUUUGUUGUGAACGAGAGAACCAUGGAGGUGAGGUCUCUCGUGCGUUUUGUGCUCAAACAGUCGUGGCGGGAGGAGACGUCGGAGACUGAAGCAACGUUCCAUAAAUCCCAGUCCGAGCCGCCCUCUUCUCACAUCUGUGAUAUCGUCAACUCGGUGGAGAUCAGAGUCAUGGACAAUGAGCAGGGAAUCAUGGUGGUCGCCGACACGCUCAAUCAUAUUCGUCGCGGCGUGGAGGUCCACGGCGGGCCCACUUCGUAUCCUGAACAUUAUUCCGACGUAGAAUUCGGACGCCGACCGGUGACGAACCGCGUCUUGACGUGUACUUUGAUGAGGACGUACGGGUGGCCUGUCAGAUUCUUCAAAGACGUUCACGAGCUUGUCAAUACCCUAAUUGAUGCCGUGAAAGGGCACCGCGAUUACUGGUUCAGUCUUAUGCUUCAUCGAGACGUCAGUACCGGCAACGUGCUUAUCUGUCCGAUGUCCGAUAUCGAUAUCGAACAUACCUCUGGUAAACUCAUCGACCUCGAUGAUUCGAAAAGGUCAGAGAAGUGCGUGGAGUACCCAGCGUUGACGGACAAGAUCACCCAGGAUGAGGCAGAAGCUAUGGUUGUGAUCAUUAAGACCAGGUACUCAGUGUCUGUAUCCACCGAUAUCGCUCACAUCCUCAAGUUCCGUUACGGAUCUCAUUGGAUGGCAUAUCUCGCUCAAGUUUUUGAGACAGUACCGCGCCCCAUCGCCUCCACAGAAACGCUGACGAUGCAAGACCUAUUCCUGGAGACACCUUCCAAUGCCCCUCCUUCCUGGGAUGGGUAUCUUCCACAUACAAGACAUAGAACGGGCACUAGGGCUUUCAUGAGCGGCGAAAUUAUACACGAUCGUUAUCUCGGUACCGACAUUGCGGGGCGGAAGGGCCCGCUGGUUCACAGCGCCAUUCAUGAUCUCGAGUCUUUCUUCUGGGUCCUUCUUCAUCUUUGCCUCACACGUGACGGUCCUGGCGGAGGACUUCGAGAUGAGCUAUCCAGCGACGACCCAUUGACCGCUGGGACCAGGCCUUUAUAUGCCGCCGUUUACUGUCUAUUCGACUCCGAGGACGAUCAGGUUCUAUACGACAACAAACAGCAUCUCUUUGAUAAACUUGAAGAGCUCCGCACAAUCAUCCUAAAGUGCAUACACCCGUACUUUGAGCCUUUGAAGGAUCUCCUCGCCAGGUGGUGGACGACCAUUCGCUUUGGAUACAUCACCUACGACGACUAUGCGGCGGGAAGCAUACAUGACCGUAUUCUCGCGGUCUUCGAGGACGAGCUCGGGAAGAUACAGUCGAACCCUGACUUGCAUUCGAAUCUGGACGCCGACGAGGUUGCGCGCAUGGAGGAUAAGAAGGAGAAGGAGAUUUGGGGAAGGAAGGACGACCUCGAAUUCAUUCAACGCCGGGUUAGCCAACUUGGAGAGAGCUUAAAGAGGCGAUCGCUGUGUGGGCAGGAAAAGGUCGGGGAUGGCAUCUGCUAG